UUGAAGUGAUUAGUGGUGGGAGUCAGCACAUCACCAUAAAAGACGUUAUUGGCAAAUUGUUGUUAUAGUGAUCGACAAUGCUUCUAGCGGCCACUUUUUUCAUCAGUGUUCUUCUAAUUGGGGGAUUUUAUCUCCUCAAACGAAUUAAAACCCUUGCCUACAACUAUGUCUACAUGUCAAAACUACCCGGUCCUCCUCCGGACGGAAUCUUCAUUGGAAACAUGUCAUACUUGCAGACCUCCCCAGAAAACUUAUUUGUCAGGCUGAGAGAAGCCAUGAAAAAUUUCUACCCGAUUUACAAACUCUACGCUUGUCAUAAAAUUGGAGCGAAUAUUCUGAGCCCGGAAGACUGCGAGUUGAUCAUGUCCAAUCCGGCGCACAACACCAAGGCCCAACUUUACGAUCUUUUACACAACUGGCUGAACGACGGACUUUUGACUUCCAACGGUCUUAAGUGGCAAACCAGGAGAAAAAUUUUGACACCUGCUUUUCAUUUUAACAUUUUGCAGGACUUUGUGCAGAUCUUCAACGAAGAAUCUCAGGAACUGGUGAACAUUUUUAAGAAAGAAUGUAAGAAGUCAUACGUGAACGUGACACCUCAUGUCACACAGUUCACGCUGAAAACAAUCGCUGAAACCGCCAUGGGUAGCAAACUGAACUUCAAAACCCAGGAGGACAACGACUACAAGCAAGCCGUCUACGACGUCGGCAAAAUCCUCCUCUACCGCCUCGUCCACCCUUGGUUCGUCCUAAAAUUCUUCAACUUUUUCAGCCCUUGGUACCUCCAAGAACGCAAACUCACCAACAUCUUGCACGACUUCACCAAACAAGUAAUCAAGGAGCGAGAGGAAAACUUCGACCACGACGCGCUGCCGCAGGAACAGCAUGAUGUAUACUUAGGGAAAAGGCGCAUGGCGAUGCUGGAUUUGCUCCUGUCGGCUAAACACAAAGACGGAAUCAUCGACAACGAAGGAAUACAGGAAGAAGUUGACACUUUUAUGUUUGAAGGGCACGAUACGACCGCUGCAGCCCUCAGUUUCGCCCUAAUGCUGCUGGCUUGUCAUAAAGAAUCGCAGAAUUUGAUUCUCCAAGAAAUGGCUGAGGUGUUGGGGGAUUUGCACAAGAAACCGAGCCAGAACGAUUUGCAGAGCAUGAGAUAUCUGGAGCGGUGUUUGAAGGAGAGUUUGAGGUUGUAUCCGAGUGUCUUCUUCAUUGCGAGGGCUUUGGGAGAAGAUAUGAAGACGUUUAGUGGAUAUUUAUUGCCGAAAGAUACGAUUGUUAUUAUGCACAUUUACGACAUCCAUCAUAAUCCGGAUAUUUAUCCUGACCCGGAGAAGUUUGAUCCGGAUAGAUUCCUCCCCGAGAAUAGUCAGAACAGACAUCCUUAUGCCUAUUUGCCGUUUAGCGCCGGAGCUAGGAAUUGCAUAGGACAGAAGUUUGCUAUAUUGGAACUAAAAGCUGCCGUUUGUGCCAUUUUGGCGAAUUUCGUACUAGAACCAGUAGACACUCCGGAAACUAUUACUUUGAUUGCUGAUAUUAUUCUCAGAACGAAAGAGCCUAUCAAAAUCAAGCUGAUUCCUCGCAGUAAUUAGUCAGACAAUCAUUUUUAGCAACAAUGUUGAUUAAACAAAUUAAUGGUAAUGACAGUGUAAUUUGCAAAUGGUGAUAAUGUCGGUGUAGCUUUAUAAAAAAACUGGACAAAUAUAAACAUUUUGAAAGUGAUAAA